CUAAUCAGAUGGAAUGGAAAGAGGUGGCAGUAGGUGUCGGGAUAAAGGGAUACGUGGUAAAGUGUAUAAUAAAGUGAAGAUGAGACGGUAUAAAGCCAAUGCCAGAGAGAGGAACAGGAUGCACGGGUUGAACGCCGCGCUGGAUACGCUGAGGAGCUGCAUGCCCAUCCAAAUAACUCAUCUAGAUGUAAACUCAAGCCCCCAAAAACUCUCAAAAAUUGAAACGUUACGUUUAGCCAGAAACUACAUUUCGGCCAUGUCACAAACCCUCCAAGAAGGUCGACCUAUGGACAUAAGAAGAUUUAUACAGAUAUUGACUCGGGAGCUGAGUCAAGCUACAGCAAACUUACUUACCGGAACACUAAUGGGAACUGUCAAUAAUUUCAGCAAUUUUAAUAAUUUUUAUAACGCCUACAACGAUUACAGUCGAAAGCAGGCGAGUGUUUAUGAAAAUGCUAGUAAUUUUAGUGCUAAUCGUUAUUAUAAUUCGAGGUGUAGUUAUGAAAAUAAUAGUCAUAGACAGUAUUACUGUUCAAGUAAUUUUAAUAAUAAGAUUAGUAACUACGACCCUUUCGUAUAUAACCAACAAAAAUGUUGUAUAAAUUCACAUCAAAGUUCAAUGAAUAAUAAUUACUUUUGUAAUAGUUAUUAGUCAUUAUCGUUAGAAUUAAAUAUGGUUAGUGCAAUAAAAUUCGUUAAA